AUCACCCCGUGUCUGCAGAGGUUAUAGAACAAGCUAUUUUUGACCAUGAUAUCGAAUGUGGGAUCUGCAAUUAGAUUUAGUGAUGAUUCAACUGAUAGCCAAAGGGAGAUAUCGUCAAAAUAGGCUAAAGGCGCUGUUCGUCUUUUGCGGCUAACCAACAACUUUGCUCUGUCACCCACAAUUUAUUCUUGUUCGUGCGAUUAUACUAUUAGUUGACAGUGAGAUAUCCCCAUUAUAUUGAGUAGAAAACGACUCACCGAUAACACGCCAAAUGUACGACCAUAUCGCCGUGGACAAGUGACAGAUCCUGUAUCCAUAAUCGCCUGUCUCGUGACAGAACUAAACAGACUUUUGCACGUCUUCUGAAUACAUAUAAAUGUGAGACGGCUUUGUCAGCCGUCAUCGUUUUUUGUUUCCUCUCGACUGUUACAAACAGACCUAGCGCGGUCUUUGGGGACAUUGUUUUGAAUAUCAUAUCGAUGUUUUCGUGAAUUCUAUUUUAGUCGGUGGUGUUACUCGACGUAAACACUCUACACGUUUUGCGGGGGUGUCGCAAGAAUUCAACCAUCUGACUGACUAUAGAGAUCUGAGGCAAGCACUAAAUAUGGUAGAGAGCAUUUUCGAUGGAAAGUCUUUCCAUGUAUUUAACGAGCCCUUUAUCCCUUUUACGGUUGAGGGAAAACGGAGGAGAAGCUGCGUGGAGCGAUUCUCGACCUCUCCGUCGGGGCUACAGACAAUUUCAGAAAAUGAGGAUUAUUUACGGGGAUCCACGUCGGCACUAUGUGAUGAUACUAAUGCCGAAGCCCCAAUACCGGGCAGGCAAGUACGAGCGGUGUCAUUACCAUCGAUUUACAGGGAUGGUUCUUAUUUAAGAAUGCAUUUCCCGGCAAAGUUUACUAAAGGAAAAGUCAGAAGGUUUUCUGAACCCGCGGUAUCUUUGACUGCACUUAAACCAAGCUUAGGAUUUUGCCCAAUUCUGGAAAAUGACGCAGAGGAUUUAUCUACGGAAAGUCAGGGAAAUAAAUCAGACCCGGCGACGGCGGUUAAGGUCCGUUCUCUUGAUUUGUCUCAGCGGCGGCACUCCGACCCGUUGCUUUACACUUCGAAGCUUAAUUCACUCAUCAAGAACGCUCCUAUCGCCGACGCUUCUGGAAAAGCCGCCGACAAAGACAACAAUGCCAUCUCCUUUUUGCCUAUUGAUGACAACGGCGGAACAGCCGAAAGCCAGUUUCGAAAAGUGAAACCCGAAAAACCAAUACCUCGAAAGCAGCCAGCAACAUCUGUAAAUGUACGAAAAAGGAAAUCUUCUCUUGUCCCCAUUCCCUUCGGCGUAGCUCAAGGCCAGAAGAACAAACCAACUGUUACAAAAAAUCGACCUCUUUCCUUCCCUCCAAGUAAAAAGGAAGAAACAACGCGAAAAAACUACCGAGAUUUGGAGUUUGAUUCAGAGGGGAAUUUUGAGAGUUCACUUGAUAAGAAUAUUGCAUUCACAGAAAACAGAUUUAUUCCAAUUGAAAUUGAUGUGGGUUUUCCUAGUGAGGCUAACGAUGUGGUGCCGAAAUACUCCUGCGAGAAUAUCAUAACACAGUGGAUGAAAUUUUUCGGAUGAUAUCUAAGAAUAGAGACAUUUUAGAGAAUAGAGAGAUUUUUCCAGGUGUAAAAUUUGGCAACUCGUAUAAAUAAUAAUCAAUAUCCA